AACUCAUGUAUGACAAGUGUAAAGCAUCUUGAUAGCAAACGACUAUUUCAUUUCACUCGAUUCCUUGAUUGCCGUGCGCAAGACGUCAAGUGAGAAUAUUUGUCCCGGCAAACACGUUUCAAUUUCUUCAAUUUUAGAAAAUACACUGACAAAAAUGGCAGGUAAACGAUCUGCAACAACAGAAUUGAAUCAUGAUAACUGGAACGAAGAGAACGAACCAGAAGAGGCAGGUACAUUUGCAAAAGCAGCAGACGAUAUACUUGAAAAGAGAGUUAUAAAAACAGCGAAACGUCGCUUUUCAUCGAGGGAUGGCGCUAUGAAAAGCGCAUUUGGAACAUUUGCAGGUUUUAAAACUACUCCUGCAACCAGUUCGUCUCCAUUUGGUUUUCUAGCUAACGUAAGCACCACUUCUACUACGACUACUUCUGCUGCAUCAACGACAACUGUAAACACAAGCAGCAGAAAUAUUGCAACUAAUGGUUCUAAAAUUCUUGAAAACGAUGCAAGUAAAAUGGAAGACACAACUAAAGCACAGACACUAUCGAGCACAAGUUCUAGUGAAAUGACCAAGAAAGAGAAUGAAAAGACAAAGCGUUAUUCAUCAGAUUAUUAUGCAAAAUUAAAGGGACUGAACGAAAGUGUCGCUACAUGGAUAAAAACUCAUGUAGAUGCAAAUCCAUUUUGUAUAUUAACACCUAUAUUUAAGGAUUAUGAGAAAUAUUUGAAGGAGAUUACAUCGAAAGAGAGUACCAAGAUACAGACAUUGCAUGCUUCGCAACAUAUAACACAGGCUGCACAAUCUGAUAACCAAAAGGAUAAAAGUGCAGAGAAAAAACUUGAAACUUCUUCAUUUGACACCUCAAAUGCGAAUAUAAAAUCUACUUCAACUGUUGCAACAGAGUGGAAGCCCGAAAAAUCGAUAUUUUCCAAUAUUGCUGCAAAUACAAAAUCGAUAUUUGGCAAUACAGAACAGAAAAUGGAAAGUUCUAAAUCUGUAUUCAGCAAUGCGGAUGCAACAUCUGAUAAGGGUAGAUCUAUUUUUGGUAACAUAGAGUCGAAUGUUGCUAGUAAAAGUAUAUUUGGUAACACAAAUGUGGAAAGUAAUCCUUUGCACAAAUCCUCUACCAUUUCGGAUGGAGGCAAGACAGACGAAGAGAAUGCGACAUCCAAUACAAAAUCUGUCACUCCCACCUUUCCUGCUUCUACUUUUAGUUUUGGACAAAUUGUUUGCUCUCCCAAUAACUUGAGUGCUGGGUUUAGCUUUGGAAGUGCAAAGCCAUUUUCAUUUGCCCCUCAAGCAGUGAAAUCACAAGAUUCCGAGGAUAAAACAGAUAAUGAAAACAAAGAUGAAGAAGAUGAAGAACCACCAAAACCAGAUUUCAAACCAGUAACCGAAGAAGGUGCUGUUUAUGAACAACGAUGUAAAGUAUAUAUAAAGAAAAAUGACAACUUUAGUGACAGAGGUGUCGGAACGUUAUAUUUGAAACCAACACCAAAUGGAAAGACGCAAUUGAUAGUACGAGCCGAUACUGCUUUGGGUAAUUUGUUACUCAAUAUUUUGUUAACUCAAAGUAUUCCUAUUAAACGCAUGAACAAGAACACGAUAAUGUUAGUCUGUCUACCGUUGCCAGACUCUUCACCACCACCAGUCCCAAUGUUGUUAAGAGUGAAAACUAGUGAGGUCGCGGAUGAACUAUUUGAAACAUUGAAUAAACAUAAAAAAUAGAAAAUUAAAUAAGCACAAAAUAACGCGGAUCGGAACAAAUUGAUUUUUUUGACUAUAUAUUUGAUUACAACACUAAGAAUGGAUAAAUUCUAAUUCAUACAUAACAGAAAAUUUGUUUAUUAAUCAAAAAUUUAUGUCAAGCUUCAUCAUUCUGUUCGUCAUUCUAUAAAAUAAAAUUUGUAAACGUAAAUUAUGCGAAUACCUAGAAAGAUACAUAAUACUAAGAUUAGUAAUCAUUAGUAAAAUUGCGAGCAAACAGCAUCUCACGAUUAAAAAAUGGUACAUUUUUUCUAAUUCUUAUUUCAUAUGCAAAUAUUGUAAAAAAUUGUAAUUAAUAUAUAUAUCUUCUUAAUAGAUUCUGUAUCUGAUAAAUAAGAGAUAUAUUUAAUUUUAUUUUUGAAAGGAUGUCUACUUACAUGUAUGGCGUUAUUUGGAAUGAUUGUUGCUAAUGUAAUCAAUAAUGUAAGAAUAAUACAUUGAACAUAUAUGUACAUAGUAGGAACACAAUAGUAUAUAUUGCAAAAUAGGUAAUUUAUGCAUGUAAUGGUUGAUGAAAUAUUCUGUACUAAUAAUUAUAAGUACGAAAAAUACAGAUUACAUGGAAUUACUUAAUA